UCUACACGUCAGCUUGUCAAUACUGUCAAAACUCGUAAUCGCGUUUUUGUGGAAGAAUCGGAAUAAACAGUGGAAAUAAAAGUGAAUUAAGUGUAAAAUUAACUUAGUGGCAAGAUGGUGCUUAUCGCGGCUACGGUAUGCACAAAAUCGGGAAAAGCGUUGGUGUCACGACAGUUCGUCGAGAUGACGAAGGCACGUAUAGAGGGUUUGCUGGCGGCUUUUCCUAAGCUUAUGACCAGCGGCCGACAACAUACUUUUGUUGAAACUGAAUCUGUGAGAUAUGUCUACCAGCCGUUGGAUAAACUUUACAUGCUGCUCAUAACAACAAAAGCAAGUAACAUAUUAGAGGAUUUGGAGACACUGCGUCUAUUUAGCAGAGUGGUACCAGAAUACUGCACUCAACUAACAGAGGCUGAAGUAUUGAACCAGGCGUUCAAUUUGUUGUUUGCGUUCGAUGAGAUUGUAGCGUUGGGCUACCGGGAGAGUGUUAAUUUGGCCCAAGUACGCUCAUUCGUAGAAAUGGACUCGCAUGAAGAAAAAAUUUACCAAGCUGUUAGACAGACGCAAGAACGCGAAGCGGCCAAUCGUAUGCGUGAGAAAGCGAAGGAGUUACAAAGAGAGAGAUUGGAAGCUGCCAAGGGAAGAUAUAUGGGCGCUGUUUCUAAGAAUUUCGGAACCGGUUUUGGCAGUUCUUCCAUGUCGUCAGCAAGCAGUGAGCCAAUGAUCGAGAAGAUACCAGCCACACCUGUUAAGGAGACUCGCACAAGCCGUUCGGCCAUGAAACUUGGCUCUCGCGGUACAGACGCUGACAGUUUCGUGUCCCGCCUACAAACAGAAGGCGAGAAGAUUGUCACCAACACUCCGAUGACCGCUAAAGUGGACAAACCGCCGGCCGCUGACCAGAAAGACAUUCACUUACGCUUCGAAGAGCGGUUGAAUUUGGUGGCUGGAAGGGAUGGUGAUAUACAAAACUUUGAGCUUUCUGGUUUGCUGACGCUACGUAUCACCAAUGAGCAAUUUGGAAGAAUACAUGUGCAUCUCAACAACCAGGACACAAGGCCAUUGCAAUUACAGACACAUCCAAACGUAGACAAAGAGGCGUUCAGAUCGGACGGUGUGAUCAAACUGAAGCAGGCCCAACGGCCGUUCCCGCUGAACAGCGACGUGGGCGUGCUCAAGUGGCGCCUGGCCACUGCUAGCGAUGACAGGCCGCCCUUGUCUGUAAACUGCUGGCCGUCAGAGGGCGCUAACGGCGGCUGUGACGUCAACAUUGAAUACGAGCUUGAGCAAGACCACUUGACGCUAUCAGAUGUUAACAUCAACAUUCCGAUGCCAUCUGGCAACACCUCGCUAGUAGUCCACCAAUGGGAGGGCAGCUACACGCAGAAGGGACGAACGUUGGUCUGGAACAUUCCACUUAUCAAUAAACAACAGAAAACUGGCACUUUGGAGUUUACUGUGUCACCAGCGAUACCGAACGAUUUCUUCCCGCUAACAGUAUCUUGGGUGUCGGACACAUCUCUCGCUUUGCUCACAACUACAAAAAUUGUUCAAGCUGACGACGGAACGCCAGUCGACUAUUCGCAGGAAAUUAGCUUCCAUCCUGAUAAAUAUGAAAUUGUUUAAUGAUUGUAUUGUUUAAUAUAUAAUAUAUUGUAUUUUAUCGUGUAUUCUAAAUAAAUUUAUUGGAUGAA